UGCCACUAUCGAGUCGGUGAAGCGCGUGAAGAACGACAGUUCGUCUCGAAGACUUCUCAACACCCCGCCGCUUUCCUACUAUCGAAGGAUAGAGCCGAGGAAUCCACUGGAUUCCACUUGGACCCUCGAUAGUCAUUGACGCCAAUUUGGUGAUGGCGCUGCCUCUGCUGGCGAGGAAACCGGGAGGAUGCCAGACCGCUUCUUCUGUAGAUCUUCCUCCCCACAUCAACAAACACCAUCACUCGAUCCAACCAUCAUCCCACCAAAGAUCGUCACAUACGCCGGCUGUGAUUGACUUUGAACGAAUUGUGACUAUGUUAGCUUGCCACCUGGUUGGCAUGUUGUGAUGG